GAAAAAUAGCAGCGCGUGGGGGGAGGGGAAGUGGCUCAAGGCAGGCCAGAUAGGCAACUGUACUCAGCAGUGUGCUUCAACUAUUAGAUAUCUCAAUGAUACGACAAUUAGGAGUGAUUUUAAUCAACAUACUUAUGGUAUCAGUAUUAUUUAUUCGAAUGAAUGCGUUUUAUGAGUCUUUAUACACUAGACUGGUUGCUGGGUAGGGAUAGACCAACAAUAUGCUAGUAAGUAGGCGUUACAAAUAGGCUUUUUUUUUUUUUUUUUAGCUCGCAUGCUAGCUUAUGCUUAGCUAAUUGUGGGUCUACGCGUGGAUACGCUCUGUUAGCUUAUUAAUUCAGUAAUUGACUAAUGUUCAGUUGUGUUUUGAGAAUUCAGGUUUAAGGUCAGGCAGCCUCCACCACCCCCCCGCCCGCCUCCAGUGUGUGUCUCUUCACUUCUCGCCGCUGUCUCUGCCGCUCCUGGUUCUCAGCGAACGGUGGAAACUCCACGGAUCGGGGGGCUUGUUGCAACUUUUACCGCCAGUUGUGACGCUCCGGUGGCAGCAGGCGGCACGGCGCAAGAGAAGCCGACAGUGAGUCAUAACUGCGCGGUCGGAACUUGAAAUGGGAGGAAAGUCUUCGCUCGCUCGCUGAAGUUGGAGGUUCUCCUUGUGGAAGAGGAAGAGAGGUGGCGGCGGACACCACGAGUUCACUCACAAUAAAAAAAAAGGAGUGAGCUCAGCCUUCCAUCAUACCUCCUCCCUCUCAYUGGGCUAAGAUGAGUAUUACCAGUGAUGAAGUGAAUUUCUUGGUCUACAGAUAUCUUCAAGAAUCAGGUUUCUCCCACUCAGCGUUCACCUUUGGCAUUGAGAGCCACAUCAGCCAGUCGAACAUUAACGGAACACUAGUGCCCCCUGCCGCCCUGAUCUCCAUUCUGCAGAAAGGCCUUCAGUAUGUGGAGGCAGAAAUCAGCAUUAAUGAGGACGGCACAGUCUUUGAUGGUCGGCCGAUUGAGUCGCUGUCGCUCAUUGAUGCAGUAAUGCCCGAUGUGGUGCAGACGCGACAGCAGGCGUUCCGCGACAAACUGGCCCAACAGCAGGCCGCCUGUACCAUCACCGCUUCAACCUCCGGAAACCARUCAAAUGCAUCAAGGAACGGAGAAGCCACGGUUAACGGCGAGGAGAACGGUACUCACAGCAUGAAUAAUCACAGUGAGGCCAUGGAGGUGGACGUGGAUGUGGAGAUACCAGCCAGUAAAGCCACGGUGCUCCGAGGCCACGAGUCCGAAGUCUUCAUCUGUGCCUGGAACCCUGUCAGUGAUCUGCUGGCCUCGGGCUCGGGUGACUCGACUGCUCGAAUCUGGAACCUGAACGAGAACAAUAACUCAAACUCCACCCAGCUGGUCCUCCGCCACUGUAUCCGAGAAGGUGGCCAGGAYGUUCCCAGCAACAAAGAUGUCACCUCACUAGACUGGAAUAGCGACGGGACUCUCCUGGCAACUGGCUCUUAUGAUGGAUUCGCCAGAAUUUGGACAAAGGAUGGAAAUCUGGCCAGCACCUUGGGGCAGCACAAAGGACCCAUAUUUGCACUCAAGUGGAACAAGAAGGGGAACUGUAUUCUCAGUGCUGGAGUAGAUAAAACGACAAUCAUUUGGGAUGCACACACGGGGGAAGCCAAACAACAGUUCCCUUUUCACUCAGCUCCGGCUCUGGAUGUGGACUGGCAGAACAACACCACGUUUGCUUCCUGCAGCACAGACAUGUGCAUCCACGUGUGUCGCCUGGGCAGCGACCGGCCUCUCAAAACCUUUCAGGGCCACACAAAUGAAGUUAAUGCUAUUAAGUGGGAUCCAUCGGGUAUGCUGCUCGCCUCCUGCUCAGAUGACAUGACCUUAAAGAUUUGGAGUAUGAAGCAGGAGUCGUGUGUCCAUGACCUCCAGGCUCAUAGCAAAGAAAUCUACACUAUCAAGUGGAGCCCCACCGGCCCGAGCACAAAUAACCCCAACGCUAACAUCAUGCUCGCCAGCGCAUCUUUUGACUCGACAGUGCGACUGUGGGAYGUGGAACGAGGUAAAUGUAUUCAUACUCUAACCAAACACCAGGAACCGGUCUACAGCGUGGCCUUCAGCCCCGACGGCAAACACCUCGCCAGCGGCUCCUUCGACAAGUGUGUCCACAUUUGGAACACCACGACGGGAUCCUUGGUGCACAGCUACCGGGGAACAGGUGGCAUCUUUGAGGUGUGCUGGAACAGCACUGGGGAUAAAGUCGGUGCCAGUGCAUCAGAUGGUUCUGUUUGUGUUCUUGAUCUCCGAAAAUAGCUGCCCCAAGACUYGGAUAAGGAAUCCUGGAAAGAGCAGAAAUGGCCUCUUUGUGACAUCAACAAACUGUCUCUUUGCUCGAUAAGGGCYGAGAAGGUGUACUGAAAUGAACUCUUCACAGGAGCUAAAGCAGAUGACAGCAGCAGCUCCAACACCACCUAAACUUAGUGCACCUUACUGAUUGUUGAUGUGUUUUUACAAUAAGCCCGAGAGAAGGUGGAAACUGGCAAAGAAAYCCUCGAAAAKAAAGAAGUGGAUUCCACUCCCGCAGCACAUCCAUGUUUUUAAAAGGUUUCCAGUGAGGACGUGCUGUGAUCCCUGCAGGCUCCACAUCCAGCUGUUAUCGGGUUGUAAGGGUGGAAACGCGAAGAUGAGUCAAAGUUUUAUAAAGAGAGAAUAAUGAGAGACAGGUGUUUGAGCUGUGAGAGGCAACAAAAUGUGAAGGGAAAGCUGCGGAUUUAUAAUUCCUCUGAGAUGUGUUACUCCAUGUCCUCACAAUCCAACAGGCAAGWGGAUGAAAGUAACAGAUUCUCAGUACUGAAACGCUGCCACUUUCCGUUGACCAGGUGCUCAACUUCUCCUCCAGCGGAGUUCCUUUCAAAAGUACUUUUUUUCCACAAAUGGACUUUCGAACGUUUGAUUGAAAGUGUUGCUUUGAGGUAAAGCUAAGCUCAUUUUAAAAAUCAAGACAAUAAGAGAAAAGCUCCUUAAUAAGAUCGUCUUAACCACCCCCCACCCCACCACAUACACAAAAAAUGACCUGCUCCACUCUCUCAAGAUUACCAGAUUUCAUUUUGUAUAAAAGAUGUGAAAAGUGUGGUUUACGAAGAGUUUUCUCCCUUUUUGGAUGUAAAUUUCGAGAAUGUAAAGAGAUGUAAAUUAGAAUAACACAGACUUAUAUACUGUGUAUAUAUGUUUAUAUACAGUACACUUUAUGUCUAUCUAUAGGGGCUCUUCAUUGGCUGAGCUAUCACAUCUUUUUUUGCUGUCAAUGUGGGACAAGAAYGCUUUUAAUGGAGUGCAUGUGUCUGGCUUUUUUUUAAAAAAACAAUCUUUAAAUCUUUACUCAUUGUAUUCAGUGCAACAGACUUUUUUCUGUUUUAAAUGAGUUAAAAAUGUAUGGAGAAACUUAUUGAGCAGCUCUGCUACGAUCCAUAAAGGAAACUUGUACCUGGAUCCCUGCGUAUGGGGUGAAUAUCUGGUCAAAAACAAGGUCAAUCACAGUCGAUUUAGAUUUGUUUUGUGCUUUAAGCAGCAGCAACACAAAUCAGAUGAAUCAUCCUGUAUAAAGUAUAAGCAGCUUGAGUAACAUCAUCAUAAUUCCUCUUUGGCACAUUCCUCUGAACACCCAGAUAUAUUGUCCAAGGAGUAGAGUUAUAGUUUAAAAGUCCUGCUGUUGUUGAUGGAGAAAAAAAAGAAGAAGCUGUGAUUGGUUUUAUUUUUCCCAGCAGAUCAGGUUCAGUCAGAUUUAAAAUGCUUGUGGGGGUUGUUUGCAGAAUUUGUGUCCGUUUCUGCUUCUUGAAGAUCAAGACCGCAUCUUUUUUUUAGAUUGAACUCGCCGCCAUUUUGUUUUGCCUUGUUUUUAACAGUUGGUCCCACUCACUUUGUAGUCAUUCUCUACUACAGCAACAUAAAGUGCACUUUUAUGAUCGGUGGAUUCAGCAAAUGCUCAAUUUUCGUUAAAAGUGAAGGUCCAAUGUUGACUUUUAUCAUUUUUUUUCUUUUUACUUUAAAGUCUUUCAUGAUUGGAUUGUAAAAGGUGUUGCAUUGCUUUAUUUUUUCUUUUUCCUAAUUUGCUGAAAGCCAUUAUUGUCUGUGUCAGACUGAGAAUCGGGCUGUGGGUUGGCGACCUGUACUGGCAUGCUAAGAAGCCCAAAAUGGCACAAGUGCUGUGACAGCUACUAUCUUUUUUUCUUGCUCUCACCCUGGUCCAGGGUGCUGUCAACUGUUUCCAAGACAAAACUUUGAAGUCAUUCAGUGUCUCAAAUAAAUUACUCUAUUUUGAUAUCAGA